AUGUACGAAGCACAGCCCAUCGCCAUCCCGCUGCUAAGGCGCGCCGGCAGCAGCGUCGAAGACGUGGACGGCGCGGGCGGCCGCGACGCCGGGGGCCGCGCCAACGGCGUGGAUGACGGGGCGCCGGCCAGCCCCGCGGACCCCUCUCUAGACCCAGAGACACUUGAGCAGCUGCUGCGCAAGGCCAGCCCCGCGGUCGGCGCCACGCGCUUCAAGGUGACCGACGUGCUGCGCGACAUGAGCCUGCAGCGCGCCGCCCGCCGCGAGCUCGAGGGUUCCGGCCCUGACGCGGGCGCGCUGUCCACGGCGUCGGACCCCGACGCGCUGCUGCCCGGCGCGCUCGACGGCGCCGGCCACGAGGGGGAGGUGGACAGGCAGCGGGCGGCGGUGCGGGAGCUGGACGGGCAGGUGGCGGCGGAGAGCCGGGUGAACCGCGGGAUGGCGGCGCUGCUGCUGGAGCGGCUGGACAGCAGCAGGAGGGCACUGGAAGGCCUGGCCAAGCUGGUGGGCGGCAUGGCCGACUGCCAGGCGGCCUACAGCGCCGCCCUCGAGGCCGCAGCGCGCCUGCCCCUCGCCGGCGACUGCGACGGCGCGUCGAUGCGCCCCGCGAUGGCGGCGCUCGUCGCGCUGCCGCAGGCGAUGGGCGCCGCGCACGGGCAGGUCGCGCUGCUGCUGCGGGGGCUGGCGGAGGGCGUGAGGGCGCUGCACCGCGAGUACCAGACAGCGUGCAGGGAGAUACGCGGCGGCGCGGCCACGGUCCAGCGCGGCAUCGAGUCUGGGCGGCGGCAGCUCGCGGCGGCGUUCCUGGAGCACAAGCAGGUGUGCGAGGGCUUCGAUGCGGCGGUCGGCAAGGCGGGGCCGCGGUGCAAGGUGAUCAGGGCGGUGGAGCAGGACCCUUGGGCCACAGAGGGGCGGCUGGUGCGGGAGCACAAGGCGCUUCAGGCCUGGCAGGACAAGGAGCGCGCCUUCCUGAAGGAGUCCUUCGCGCGCGUCCAGACCCUCGAGGCACAGCGCGUAAAGUCCACCCAGGCCGCCGCCCAGUCCCUCUCCGACGGCUACGCGCGCGCGCUCGCGCCGCUGCCCGGCGCCGCCGCCGCGCUCGCGCCGGCGAUCAGCGGCAUCGACGGCGAGGCUGAGCUGGCAGAGCUGCACCGCGUCGCGCUAGACACGGGCAGCGCCGCCGAGGCGCUCGCGGCGCGGCAGGCGUCGGCGAUUGACGACGCGAGCUCGGACCUGUUCUGCAGCCCCGAGAUCCUGCGGCAGGGGCCGAUGGAGGUCUGGGACGCGCGUCGGGGCGAGUGGCGGGGGGCGCACUGCGUGCUGACGCGCGCAGGGUUCCUGCACUGGUUUGCGUCGAUGGAGGACGCGGCGCCGCUGGACGUGCUAAACCUGGGACGCUGCCAGUUUGAGCAAGGCAAGGCGCCGGUGUUCAAUCUGGUGGAGCUGUCUGGGGGCGCAGUGUCGUCGUGGCUCGGGGGCCGCAGCCGCAAGGCCACCUUCCAGGCUCCGACGGUGGAGGAGUGCUGCGAGUGGGCGAUCGCCCUCCGGGAGGCAAUAGCCCUCGCCGUCAACGGCAGCGGCGGCGGCGGCGGCGGUGGCAUCGGCGCCCACCGGCGUACGCACAGCAGCAGCACCGCAGGGGCAACAUGA